AUGAUUGUUCUAUCGCAUGAUGCAGAUCUGUUACAUGAAUUAGCGACAGAUGUAGAGCCAGAAGGUAUUCAAGUAUCACGAUUAGAGGUACAGAUAUCUCCAGAUAAUAACACUUCAAGCCUGACGUAAGCUCACGACAAUGAAUAAAAAAUUGAAUCUUCAUUUUCUGCGUUUGUUUUAGUGUCAUGGAUGUCCAGAGCGUCUAUGAACAGCAACUUCAAUAUCUACAACAAUACCAAACUCAACCGACUUCAACUCAAAAAGAUAGAAGAUUAAUGUUACUCAAUGUUAGACUUGUUCUUGAAACGACUUUAAAAACCAAAUUCGGGUCUUUAAUUCAACAACAAAGGUCGCCCCCUCAAAUGUUCGGUGGUUUAAUUUCACUCCUCGAUAAGCACAGGGUCACCUUUCGAGAUACGGACACUGCUUCUGUAAUACGUGACCUUCGUGAUAUUUCUAAAGUAUCAAAACAUCUACAUGGCACCGAUAUACAAAUACCUGGGCAUCUCUCGAAUGACGAUUUGGACAAAUGGACCAAAGAGAGGCUACAGACACUAGUCUCUGAUACCUUGAACUUGAUCAACGACAGAAUUUAACCGUUUUUAAAAAAGCAGCAAGUAAAGGUGUGGGUUUGGGUGCAAGUGUGGAUAAGUGUGAGUGUGGGUCGGUGUGGGUACAGUCCUCUUCUGAACCGUACAUUCACACCUACACACCACCCCACCCACAUCUACAACCCACCAACACCCACACCUAUACCCUACCCACGCGUAUACCCCACCCACAACUACACCCCACCUACGCCCAUAGGCGGCGCACCAGCAAUGCAAUGGUUAGCAAUUGCAACCCCU